CCCUCUUUUUGGACAAGGAUAGCUUUUGAUUUAGUCAACUAUUUCCACCUUUACCUGGCAAACUAUAUUACGGCUCUGAAUAUGUAUAUAACAGAGAUGUGAAGCCAAAGAGAUGUCACAAAACCUUGAAGUUCAUUUUCAUCAAAAUAAAGUUAUUAAAAUCAUCAUCGAUCAUGGCUGAUUCUUGGGCUAAAGCUAUUAAUGCUGAUAAUGAGAUCAGCCCUGAAGUGAUAGACAAAUGGUUCCAAGAAAACAUUAAGCAUCAUGAAGCAAAGCCCAAGCUUGCGAAGCUCCAUUUCUUUGCCCACGAAGAAGUUACCGCGGACCAUCCCACGAAUCUGUUAAUUGCUCCAGCCAACACUGGCAACAUAGCCUCUACACAGUUCGGGUCAACCUACGUUUUGGAUGCUCCGUUAACUUCGGGCUCGGAUCCGACUUCCAAACUCGUGGGCCGGAUGCAAGGUUCCGUUAGCUACGUGGGCCAAGCUGAGCCGGUGCUUUCAGUUUCGGUUCAUUUCGUGUUCACCCAAGGCGAAUAUAAAGACAGUUCUCUUUGCGUUUUAGCGAGGAACCCCAUUUCUCAAAAGUACAGAGAAUUGCCGGUAUUGGGAGGCACCGGUGCGUUUCGGCUAGCCCGUGGAACCGCGGUCGGAAAUACUUUUACGGUUGAUAGCGAAAAGCUCAAUGCUGUUGUGGAGUUCCAUGUUGUGGUCCGACAUUAUUAAUUCCGUUUUGUGUCAUGAGAAUUGUUGUAUUCUUCAUCUGAUUACACAACUUACUACUAUUAUGCAUUGUUUUCCGAGCAGUUGCUUUAGUUUUCCUACUAUAUGCAAAUGGACACAUUUGUAGUCGUUGCGGUAUCAUUUUGACUUGUAACGUUUUUCUAUGGUAUUCGUGAAUAAAAUGGAAGAUUUGAGAAUUAAAUGUACACUCUUUUGUAUCACUCCCAUCAAUGUUUGCAGGAUCGCGAUCCUACGUAAGAUCGAAAUAGGGCAUAGAAUCGGAUCGUAAACGAGAUCGAUAGGAUCGGAA